UUCUGGCAGGAUGGAGAAGAAGAAAAUCCUGAUGAAGUCCAAGGUCGCCGCUCCCAACCUCCUGAGGGCACUGCAUUCCCUGUACCAGUUCGGGCACCUCUGUGACGUGACGGUUCUCACCCAGCACCUGGGAAUUCAGGAGGAGUUCCUGGCUCACAAAGCUGUCCUGGCAGCUUCCAGCAACUACUUCAAGGGGCUUUUCCUGCACGAGGAGAUGCUGGACACCAAGACUUGCACGGUGACCCUGCAGGACAUCUACACGGAAGAGUUCACCUCCUUCCUGGAGUUCGUUUACACCGCGGAAGUGGAGAUCGAAGCGGAAAAACUCCAGCGGAUGAAGGAGAUAGCCGAGAGGCUGGAAUGCAAGGAUCUGCUUGACAUCUGUGAAGAAGUGAAAGCAGAGGGCAGGAAGGGCUUGGAUUUGAGCCUCCACCUGAAAGGACAGAGGGGUGAAAAUGGUGGAUCCCAGUGGCCUCACAUCCAGCACGAGGAGAACCCCGACCUGAGGAGCUCUUCCCAGGUUGUGGCGAUUCCUGUGCAGAGGAAACUUUGGGACAGGCAAAAACAUAAGAAGUUGCUGGCGGGCCUUGAGCUCAUUGGAGGCCAAGCAGUGGGUCUGGAGCAAGAGGACGCUGGUUUUCCAGACCCAAAACCCAGGACAGCAAAGCUGCCAAAAUGUAACAAUCCAGAUUCCACAAACACACUCGGUGUGGAUAUUGCUAGUCUGGAAAACGAGGAUAGUCGCUCCCUCCUAAGUCAGGCUGAGGCACAGGGAGCCUGCAUUGUGAUUAGGAACACCCUGCCUGAGCGGUGGGAAGACGGAAAGAGUCUAAUUUCCCAGUUUUCCACCAAAACGAAAAUCCACGAGUCUGGGCAAGAGAGGAAACUCCUGCCUGUCUACUGGAUGGUGGUUCCACCUGCACCUGGACCAAACGCCACGAGCCGUGACAAAGAUCCCGACAGAGAGCCUUGGGAUAUGACAUCAGAGGCCACGAGGAGCGAGGAAGAACCCGGGGGUUCACCCACUGCUGAAGCAGACCGGAGCGAGGAGCAGGAGGAGCAGAGUGGGAAACACAAGGAAGCUGAAGCAAGGAGCGAAGAAGGGAAUGAAGAUGAAGGUGAGAUGAGCGUGAAGGGCGAGGAGGAGGAGGGAGAUUACGAGGCGGGAUGCUCGGAAGUCGAAGGAGGUGCAGCCAAAGAGGUGUGCUCCGAGGAGGAUGGCGGAGACUCAAACGAGAAGGACGGCGAAGGACACGAAUCAGACGAAGAGUCUAAACUACAGAAGGUCAGCAAAAGCGGGGCCAACAAGAACCCCCCCUACGUGAUCCGGUGCGAGAAGUGCCACGAGCAGUUUGUGUCCCGGAAGCAGUACGUGGAUCACUGCCGGGACGCGCACCAGUGCCUGCCCGGCAAGGCGUACCAGUGCGACGUGUGCAGCAAGGGCUUCGCCAGCUACACCAGCUGGAAGGAGCACCGGGCGUGCGUCCACACGGAGGAGAGGCGCUUCUCCUGCCCCCUCUGCAACGCCACCUUCAAGCGGCAGCGGGACGUGCGCACCCACUCCGUGCGGAAGCACGAGGGCCGCGUGAAGCGGCCGCUCUGCUCCGUGUGCGGGAAGAUCCUCAGCUCCCGCACGGCGCUGGUGUUCCACAUGCGGACGCACACCGGGGAGAAGCCCUACGAGUGCGGCGUCUGUCACGCCAGGUUUGCGCAGCCGUCCCAGCUGAAGAUCCACACCAGGUCCCACACGGGGGAGAAGCCGUAUAUUUGUGAGGACUGCGGGGCUUCCUUUGCCGACAAAGGAAAACUCACCGGCCACAAAAGGACACACACAGGAGAGCGCCUGUUCAAGUGCGACGUGUGCGGGAAGCACUUUGCCACCAAGGAGUACCUGAAGUGCCACAAGCGCUGCCACAUGGGCGCCAAGCCCUACAAGUGUGAGGUGUGUGGGAAAACCUUCGGCCUCAGGGCCUCCCUGGCCCAGCACAGCAACGUCCAUGCAGAGACCCGCCCCUAUUUCUGCGAGCAGUGCGGGAAGACCUUCACCCAGCAGGGCGCCCUGCGGCGGCACCAGCGCAUCCACACCGGAGAGAAACCCUACAAGUGCCGGGCCUGCGAGAGGACCUUCACCGACAUGUCCACGCUGCGCAGACACGUGGCGGUACGGCAUCCCUCGGGAUCUUCCCGGCCCUCAGGGUCACCUCGGGAGAGGGAUAUAAGCUCCGGCCGGGCGGAGGGUUCUGAGUUUUCAGCGUGUGGAAUUUUCCUCCGACGGCGGCACAGCAGCUCCCACUGCUGGCUGCAAAAUCCAGGCGUCUCCCAGCCUUAG